AUGUCUUCUACCUGUUUUUACAACGAGAAAGACACCUACUUCGCUCUCCGUGAAGCUAAAUCAAUAAAAGGAAUUUCUCUUGUCCGUUAUCGACAUCGUAAUCCAGUUCCUGCACCGCUACGUUGUCUUGAUGAUAUUGCACCUUCAGAAGCUUGUUACCAUCCUGAACCGUCAAGAAAUAUUAUUAAUUUAAUUCAAUACAAUAGUGUAGGGUAUACUGAUCGAUUUGCGAAUAAACAAUUAUGUUAA